AUGUCGGGUCAUUACGUAACGCACAGUGUUUGUAAUUCCGUCGAAGAUCUCGACCGGAUAAUUUACGACGACUCGAAGCAUCAAAAUCUGCACACGUUGGACCUGGAUUGUGAUUACGCCGCUGAAAUUUUACGACAGGCACAUUUGAAAAGAAUGUUCGUCGCCCCGACUAAAUGGCUGCUACUUCAGGAUCGGAGAGGAAGAAAGAUCGAUAACACGAGGAAUGUCACUUUACUGGGCGACGAUGAUUCUCUGACAGAAAUAUUCCAAAAUUUGGCGGUCUAUCCUGACAGCGAUGUUGUUUUAGCUCGAAGAUUCGACGGUGACUUUCUCGAGUUAACGUCCGUGUAUCGGCCGAGUCCGCAGAAGAGCGUGAUAUGGGAGAACCGUGGAAAUUGGACAAUUACGAGCGGUUUGAAAAUGAGAACCUUCGACGUGGCUUCCGCGCGGCGAAGAAAUCUCCGACAAACAGCUCUCAAGUCCUCUAUCGUGAUAACCAAUCCGGACACGAUCAAUCACUUGACCGACUUCGAGGACAUAACCGUAGAUACUAUCACGAAAGCUAAUUACCCUUGGGUGUUUCAUUUGGUAAACCGAAUGAAUGCUACGGUAAGUUUCAUUCAUGUGAAUAGUUGGGGAUACCGCGAGAAAAAUGGAUCUUGGAAUGGAAUGACCGGAUUGCUGCAACGACGUGAAAUUGAUAUCGGCACUAGUAUGUACAUGGUUGCGGAUCGCAUGGAUGUAGUGCAAUAUGUCCAACUGUACACACAAACCAGCUCGUGCUUUGUGUUUCGACGACCCUUGUUGUCGUCUGUGAAGAAUAUCUUCGAAUUGCCGUUUCAACAAAACGUUUGGAAAGCGAUAGCUGUAUUUCUUCUCGUUGUCUUUUGUCUGUUGUAUUUGUCUAUGAAAUGGGAGCAUCACGUGUAUCAGGACGCUUCAACAAAAUCAGCGAUUUACUGGAAGCAAAUAAAUAACGACGAGCCGACAGUCAGUGAUAAUUUUCUCAUUAUUUUGGGCGCAGUCGCUCAACAAGGAUAUUCGUACGAGCCGUACAGAAUCUCGUCUCGGAUUGUCAGUCUCAUGUUAUUGCUGGCCUCCUUGAGUCUUUACGCGUCCUAUACGGCAAAUAUCGUGGCUCUCAUGCAAUCUACCACGGACUCGAUCAAAACCGUUUCCGAUCUUUUGUACAGUUCGCUAAUUCUCGGCGUGCACGAUACUGUUUACAAUCGACAUUAUUUCAAGUCUUUUCAAGAUCCCAUCAGAAGGAAGACAUACGAGCAAAAAAUCGAGCCGAAAGGACGCACGUUUUCCGCCUGGAUGAGUCUGGAGGAAGGACUGCGUCGUGUGAAAAACGAACACUUCGCGUUUCACGCACCCCGGGGUCCGACAUACCAAAUUAUGCGACAAACUUAUCAGGAAGAGGAGAAAUGCGGCAUAACCGAGAUCGAUUAUUUGAACUUGAUAUAUCCAAUCUUUGCGACGCCAAAACAAUCGCCUUAUCUAGAAAUACUUAAAACUGGAAUGUUGAGGUUACAAGAAUACGGACUCAAACAUCGCGACGAGCAUCGCUUGUAUCCGAAAAAGCCGGUGUGCUCAAGUCAGAACAGCUUCAUCACGAUCGGUUUGACGGAAUGUUAUUUUGCAUUAGUCACGAUGGGUUACGGCAUGUUACUUAGCGUAGUCGUACUCGCACUCGAGUUAUUGUGGCACAAAUGGCAAAUCAGAAACAUGACGGAAGAAACAACAUUCCAUCUAAAUGUUGAACCGUGUGUGAAAAUGUCGUUGUUCAAGACAAAAGAGUGGUGGAGGACGCAGUGCGGAGUGAACGAAUCCUUCGACGGACGCAGUUUGUUGAUCACGUCGUUGUUCGGCGUCGAACGAAAGGACGUCGUCGUCGUCGGCAGCCACAGCGGAUAUCUGCGGAUCUACAGUCCGUCGUCACAAUGGACGGACGAGACCAAAUCGCCAAGUGGCUUCAAGUCGUCGGAUCUGCUCAUCGAGACGCAAAUUGGUGACUGCAUCAUCGACAUCAAAGCGGGAAGAUUUGUUUCGGGCUCACAGAACAUUCGACUUGCGAUACUGAUGCCAAUGAAACUCGUCGUGUACAGCAUUCUCUUGAACCAAGGUUCCGUCGAACACGGAGACCGGUGCGAUCUGGAGGUCGCUUACGAGCACUUGCUACCGCGAUUUCCAGUGUUCCUGACGACAGGCCCAUUCGGCGGUGUGCAGGGUCGGGACUUCUUCUGCGUUCAGUGCUUGGACGGCACGCUUUUCUUCUACGAGCAAGAAACUCCCACCUUCAGUCUCAUUCUUGGAAAUCGGUUACUGCCCGAGCCGAUUGUUUACGUUUCGCGGAACGACGUCUUUGUGACGCCGAACUCUUCGUGGAUCCUCGAGUGCUACAGAUACAAAAGUAUUGCGGAAUUUGGCAACAAGGACCGCACGGAAGGACCGAAGAGCCUGGAGCCGGACUGGAGUUACAACAUCGGUGAAGCUGUUCUCGAUAUCGACGUUGUCGUUUUGAGCAGCUUCGAAGUCGCAAUCCUGGUGCUCGGUGAAAACAAUCUCUACUGUCUGAAGGACAAUUGCGUCUCUCUCAAGUACGCGAAGAGAUUCGACUACAAGCCCCUGUGCUUCCAAGCUUACGUGAUAGAGCCGGAUGGUAAGCUGAUGGUGCUCGUAAUCGCUGACACAAACACUCUGAUGAUUUAUGAAGGUACAACUCUUAAGUGGUCGGCUCAGCUGCCUCUCACUCCGGUCGCUGUAACUCGAGCACAUUUUCAGCAUUUAGAUGGAGUAAUCGUCGUUCUCUCGGAUGAAGGACAGUUGGAGGCUUGCUAUUUAGGCUCGGAGCCGUCAUUGUUUAUCGCGCCUCCUAUUCAUCGACGCGGUUACGAUUACGUGGCCGCCGAAGACGAGCUUAUGGAGCUUCGCAAGAUGACGAAGAAAAAUAAGACUUCCGGCGUUCAGUUAACCGACGUCACCAUGGACGCCGAGCUGAUAAUGUCCGUGACUGUGUUUCUGGACGCGGAGUCUCGUCCACGCGAAAAUCAGGACAAUUCUAAGGACACUUCGGACGGUCACAACUUGGUGUGUAAAUUAACUAUAGAAUUGUCCACGUACACGACGCUUCACGACGUUCAAGUGUGCGUGCGUGUUUUGGAACCGUUCGCCGCCGAGAAAAACUGCUACGUUAUUAACAAUCUCUGUGACCGGCACGUUUUGCGCACGAAGAUCUACACGACGACGGAUCUGCCGGCGAUAUCGUCGGACGUGAGAGUCACAGCGAGCUACGAGACGGCGGAUUGCGGGAGAGUGUGCGUGCUUCAGAAGACGGCUCAACUGCCGGUGAAGAUGAUAUUGAAGACUUGCCCACCCGAGAACACGUCCACCUUCACAGCGACUCUCAAGUGCAGCGAGCCUCUCGUCGCUUUUAGCCAGCUGUUUCCCGAACUCACCGGAAACGUACAGAAGCAAAGUUGGAACGCGUUGGGAUUGCAGCACGUGCGAACCGGCAGCGUGGUGACAAUCGUUUCUGGCGCUACCAGCAAUCGAUAUCGCAUACAAUCGAACGAUGGACUUUCGAUGACCUUGGUGGUGGAGCAAUUGUUGAGCAGGCUGGAAAACAAAGCCGCCGGAAACUUAACGACCACCAUCGCGCAAAACCACAUCCAGCUGGUUCAAACUCAAAUGGAGGCCCACUUUCGUAACCGCCAGGAAGUCGACAGAAUCGCGAGCGAACUCGAGCUGCUGUCGACCCAGUUGAGAAACAUCGAGCGAAAGAUGCUGCGCGCCGUAAGAGAACGGAGCACUCGAUCUCUGGUCGCGAGCAGACUGCCGUUUCUCUUAGAAGCGACCUAUCGCGCGACAUUCGCUCUUCUCAACGAUCUGGCGAUCGCACAAGCGGAACGGAAACGUACCGGCCACGGUCUGCAGUGCGCCGUGAGGUUACUGCUCCUAUUAUUGCGGCUUAAUGUAAACGACGAUAAGUACGCGAUGUUUGAAGCCGCGAUAGGAUUCGAACCGCAAUUGCGGGACGAACUCGAUUGGGAAGAGAUCGCCGAUGCCGGAUUGAGCGCCUUGCUACGGUCCAUGUCAAGAAAAUCGUCUACUAUCGGACACCUGGACGCGAAGACCACCGCGUUGAACAAAAUGACGUCCGUUAAAGAAUUCGCGAAGCUGAAAAAGCGUCUUGUUCACGCAAUCGAGCGACUCGAUACUUACCGGGAAGACGACAUGACCGAGAACGAGCAGUUGGAGGCUGCUUCUUAAAAUUCUGCGGUCGACCACGUCUCUCUUCGAACUUUAUUACAUCUAGUUACAACUGCGAUCGAAAAUAAGUUAUCUAUUUAUUUUUAACAAAAUUUAUGCACGUACUCAUGAACAUUGCAGCGGGGCCGAUGAUUUAUGUUAUAACGUGCGGUUGAAAAUUAAGAUGUUCCUUUUAAAAUAAAAUAUCAUUUUGCGUGGAUAAUCGUGUUGAUGAUUGUUCGGACAAAGAUGGAAGAAGAAACGCAGCACACAGCGGUGAAACAUAAGAGAGAGAGACCCUCCUCUCGCGUCUGUUACCGCUGCAAUAAAAUUUCGACGGAAGGAUGCGUUUCCCUUCUCCUUUUGUCUCUCCAUUCUCCCGCUGGCAUUUAUGAUUUAAUAUGGGACCACCUUGCUAAACUCGUAACCCUGGGACCACCAAUAGCGAUGUGUUUGAGGAUCAAGCCAUCGUGAGAGAAAGGAAGAGAAAGAGAGAGAGAGAGAGAGAGAGAGAGAGGUCGGCAAUCAGCGGAUAACGAGGCAAGAAAAAAGACGGGAGUAUCCGAAACGAAACCUGCUAGGGCGACUAGGGCUUCUUUUCCAGAACUCUCUCUCUCUCUCUCUUUCUCUCUCUCUUUCUCCUUCUCUCGUUCCUUGAUAAUUGAUGACUCCCCACCAAUUACCGCGUUCCUUUGCUUCUACCCUAAACACACAUCUAUUACUACCUGCGGCUGACCGCAGGACCAACGGACCCACAAAUAGAGUACAAUCGAGACCGCCUCGAUCUUUCAAUAGAUAUACCUUUUGUCAAAU